UGGCGGCGCCCGUUAGCUUGGCCGGUAGGGUCAUUUCCGUUUCCAGAAAACUCUGCCUUUUACUGACUAAUUCGGUGUUUACCGCUCAGACGGGGACAGUGGUCCACAACAUGGAUACGGAAAGGCCAGCCAAGCUGGAGUUUGCAGUUCAGAUGACGUGUGAAAGCUGCGCGGAGAAAGUUAGAGCUGCUCUGGAGGGUAAAGCAGGAGUAAAGUCAGUUAGCAUCGAUCUCAGUAAAGAGGAGGUCCUGGUUGAGACUGCGCUCACCAGCACAGAGGUUCAGUCUCUCAUUGAGAGUACGGGGCGCCGGGCCGUGCUGAAGGGCAUCGGUGGAUCAGAGCAAGAUCUGGGUGCAGCCGUGGCCAUGCUGUCUGGAGCUGGAUCCAUUCAGGGCGUGGUGCGUUUCUUGCAGCUGUCCAGAGAAGACUGCCUGAUCGACGGGACCAUCGACGGCCUGGAGCCCGGGCCCCACGGUCUGCACGUCCACACGCUGGGGGACCUCACACAGGACUGCCUCAGCUGUGGAGAACACUACAACCCAUUUGGAAAACAGCAUGGAGGUCCGGAGGAUUCUGAAAGGCACGUAGGUGAUUUGGGGAACGUCGUGGCUGGACCAGAUGGCCGAGCUUCAUUUAGAUUGGAGGACAGACAGCUGAAGGUGUGGGACGUGAUUGGUCGAUCUCUGGUUGUGGACUCCGGGGAAGACGACCUGGGUCGAGGCGGUCAUCCUCUCUCCAGGCUGACUGGAAACUCUGGUGAUAGGCUGGCCUGUGGGAUCAUCGCCAGAUCGGCGGGCCUUUUCCAGAAUCCCAAAAAGAUUUGCGCGUGCGACGGGGUCACGCUGUGGGAGGAGAGAGACCGGCCGGUUGCCGGGAAAGGUCGGAGCAAGAUAAACCCAGAGACGCCGGCGGCACACCUCUGAAUCUUCACAAAAACAUACCGCCUGGCGUUCGGACGCAGGAAUUCGUGUCUGCAGAGACACAGACUGGACAUUUUGGUGACAGCGGUUGAGCUGAAAACUGAGCACUUGGAGAGUGAUUUAUAAAAGUCUUGAAAUUGCAAUAACCAUGUCGUCCUCUGAUUGCUUCUAACACACAAAGGCAGGUGUGGCAAACAUUAUACUUGUCAGUGUUUCAAAGCUGUUAUUUUGUAAAAGGUGGAUUAGGAAAACCUCCUAAAGCAUAGAAAAAAAACACUUUCCUGCAGACCUUCCUUCAGCUCCAGCAUUAGAUAAAUACCCGUCCUCGUAGCAUGUUCAGUUGUGAAGCUUCGUCGGAGAGUUUUGCUGAAGAGAUUCGAAUCUGGAACACUGACUGCAUUUGGAGCGAACCCAUUUUGCGUCUUAAUCUGUUCAGCUUAAAUCCGCAAGGGCGAUGCGAGUGGCUGGAGUCGGAGAUUAAAGGGGCAGCAGGGGGAAGUCUCCAGAUUGAAAGGGCAAAAGGGGCUAAUUGAAGAGGAAGGCCUUUAGGGACUGCGCUCUCAGCAGUUUUUUUUUUUCUUUUCUUCCAGCAUUCAGUACGGAGUUUCUUUACUGCUGCUGCUGCCAACAUCAGGGCCAUAAAACUCAAGUGACAUUCCCAUUUCUCUUGUCUUGUGACAUUUUCUUUGACAAAUGAAUGUAUUAUGAUAACCAAACUACAACCUGCUUACUGUCGGUGUAUAUUUUUGCUUGAUUAAAAAAAAUCCAUAUCAGGACAUGGUGUGUGAUGUGUUGGCUAUGUGAGUGCGUGUAGGAAAAUUUGACAUUGAUUUUUUUUUUUUUUUUACAAAUUGAGCAUUUGUCUUGUUCUGCUGAUGCCUGAAUGGGCUUAUUGAAUGCCCUCCAAAAUGCUAAAUCGCUCUCUUUUUUUUCUCCAUUUGUUUCUGUGCUGCAGUGCCAUCCAAACAUACCAGAAGUAUUCGUACCCUUUUCCCAUGUUUACAAACUAUUUUUGUGGAUUGGAAGGAAAAGAAUACAUUCUUCUCAAGACAUUGUACAAAUAAAAAUCUGAACACGUGAAAUAAAUUUUAAUUCAGCCCCAUAAACCA